AUGCCUUCCCGAAUCGCCCUUUUGGGCGCUACAGGACAAACAGGCCAAGAAGUUGUAAAACUACUACUCGACAAAGACAUCGACAUCAAUAUCUACGUUCGCUCAAAGCCCAAACUUCUCAAGAUCUUCUCAGAUCUAGACCUAAACCCGAGAGUCCACAUCUACGAAGGCGACAUCUCAAACACCGCACUGAUAAAACAACUCUUGACCAACAUCGACACUAUAAUCUUCACUUUGGGCUGGAAUGACAACAGACCCGGCCCCACCAUCAUCGAAGACGGUGCCAGAGCAGUUAUCACAGCUCUACGUGACAUCCACAACGAGGACCAAAAGCAGCAACCACGACUCAUCUUUCUGUCCUCGGCAAGCUGGAACAAGAAACUCAAUGGCGAUACUCCACCCCUUCAAACACGCAUGAUAAGACUAGCCUUCCACCACCCCUACCAAGACCUUCUCGCCGGCCAAAGGAUCCUUCUCUCCGAGCCAUCACUUCUAACAGUGACUUUAAUCCAACCGGGAGCUUUGAUAGAAGAACAAGCCAGUGGCUACGAUAUCAGUAUCGACACUGUGGGUGUUGGCUGCAGUUACCCUGAUCUGGGAGCUGCAAUAGUGGAGGUGGCGUUGGAUGGGCGGUAUGAAAGUGUUCCUGCUGUCAUGGUGACGAGUAAGGCUGGGUACGAGUUUGGAAGGUAUGCUGGUGUUAUAUUGCCGAAAGUGGUGGUGGGGCUUGCGGCAUCGCUUGUACCAGGAUUCUGGACCGUGUAUGAUUUGCUGGCGAGACUUUGGUCGCGUUGA